CCCCAUCUCCGGGCAGACGGGCAGGUCAUGAGUCACAGCCGUUAUGUCAUCCAACGGGAACCUGCCAUGUAAACACGAAAACGCCGAUUUGAUGACUGUUGAAUCGUUUAAUAUCCAAAGUCAAUUUAAGUUGAUGGAAUAUAAGCUGCCCCACUCUUUUAACAUGCCGUUUCCUUGCCUCUGGGAGACCACCCCAUCUUCCAAUUUCAUUUCAUUUCAAUUUUAAUUCAAUCACCUUCUGUCCAAAUAUUAUUAUUAUUAUGGAAGAUGAAUAUGCAAAACUCAUCAGAAGAAUGAAUCCACCCAGAGUUACAAUAGACAACAAAUCUUCACCAGAUGCAACAGUGAUUCAGGUUGAAAGUGUUAAUAAGCAUGGGAUUCUACUGGAAGUUGUUCAAGUUCUUUCAGAUUUAGAUCUUGUCAUAAAAAAAGCCUAUAUUUCAUCCGAUGGGGGGUGGUUCAUGGAAGUGUUUAAUGUUAUAGACCAUGAUGGAAGCAAGGUUAGAGAUGAUGGGGUUGUCAAUUAUAUAAAAAAGGUGCUUGAAAGUGACGCAAUUUACGUACCAUCACUGAACGGUUCAGUUGGUUUGAAACCAUCUGAAGAUUACACAUCAAUCGAGCUAGUUGGAACCGACAGACCAGGAUUACUAUCUGAAGUGUCUGCAGUUCUAACGGACCUCGGUUGCAAUGUGGUCGACGCUGAAAUAUGGACCCACAAUGCCAGAGCUGCAGCCGUGGUACACGUCACUGAUGGAAAAACAAAUUUUGCAGUUGAAGACCCGAAAAGGCUUUCAACUAUUAAGAAACUGCUUCGUAAUGUUCUUAAGGGAAACAAUGAUUUGGAGACUGCGAAAAUGACACUUUCGGCGCCUGGUUAUAUGCACAGACAGAGAAGGUUGCAUCAGAUUAUGUUUGCGGAGCGGGAUUAUGAAAAGGUUGAAAAAACAGAACAGGAAAAGGAAAGUGGAUUGAGACCGCAUGUUACUGUUAUGGAUUGUGUUGAGAAGGAUUACACGGUUGUUACUAUGCGUUGUGUGGAUAGACCGAAGCUGUUGUUUGAUGUUAUUUGUACUUUAACUGACAUGCAAUAUGUGGUCUUUCAUGGAGUGGUUCACACAGGCGACACGGAGGCUUAUCAGGAAUAUUAUAUUCGACAUGUUGAUGGGAGCCCAGUAAGCUCCGAGGCAGAGAGGGAACGUGUUAUGCAAUGUCUAGAAGCCGCGAUUGAGAGGCGGACGUCCGAGGCACUAGAGCUAGAAUUGUGCACAGCAGAUCGUGUCGGGCUUCUUUCAGAUAUAACGAGAAUCUUUCGAGAAAACAGUUUGUGUAUAAAAAGAGCAGAGAUUUCAACUGAAGGUGGAACAGCUAAAGACAAAUUUUAUGUAACAGAUAUGACCAGUAACAACCCUGUGGACCCAAAAACAAUAGAUUCUAUUCAAAGACAAAUCGGCGAACAAGCAGCGCUACAUGUCAGAUGGAAAUCUAGUCAGUCUCCACCUGAAGAAACAACAAUGAGCUUUCUGUUUGGAAAUUUGUUUAAAUGGCAAUCCAGCUGAUGGGUCCUACUACUCGCGAUAUAGUUGAAGAAAACAGAAAGGAAAUAGUACAGUUUAGUAUUUCCAGCUGAUGUACAAAGUAGGCUACAAAGGGAUCAUUGUAUAUAGAUAAUCAGGUAUUGUAAAUAUUAUUGUGUACAAUAUGAUAUUGAUAUGUACAUGAAAAGACAUGAUGCAGAAUUGAUGUAUAUAAUACAAGUUUAUGCAAAAGCAUACAUUAUAUUGCUA